CAAAUCAGUGGCGGGAGGCUCUGAAACGUGCGUCGUGGUCUGCUGGCUCCUGGAGUGCGCCGGCCCGCUGCGCUCACCGAUGGAUCCGAUCCGGAGCUUCUGCGGGAAGCUGCGGUCUCUGGCCAGCACCCUGGACUGCGAGACGGCCCCGCUGCAGCGAGCGCUGGACAGAGAGGAAAGCGAUUUUGAAGAUUAUCCAGUGAGAAUUUUACAUGACCUUCAUUCAGAAGUCCAGACUCUAAAGGAUGAUGUUAAUAUUCUUCUUGAUAAAGCAAGAUCGGAAAGUCAAGAAAGCAUUGGUUUCAUAAAGGCAACAAAAAUAUUGAUGGAAAAAAAUUCAAUGGAUAUUAUAAAAAUAAGAGAGGUUUUCCAGAAGUAUGGAUAUAAUCCACGUGUCAAGAAAAAUUCAGUGUGUGAGCAAGAAGUCAUUGACUCUACCCCAGAGUUGUCUAACUGUGAAAUUUUUCAAAAGCCUGAUGUGAAAGAUGAUCUUUGUGAUCCUACUGUUGCAAGCAGUUCUAUUUCUGAGAAGUCUCCACGUGGUCCGCAACUUUCAGAUUUUGGACUUGAGUGGUACAUGAUAUCCCAGGUUCUACCAAAACCUUCACAGGCAGUAAACAACCAGAAGGAAGAGCCCAAAAUUAUAACUCCAGCUACCAGACAAUCACCAGUUACAGUACUAAAAACUCCAAAAUGUGCAUUAAAGAUGGAUGAUUUUGAGUGUGUAACUCCUAAAUUAGAGCACUUUGGUAUCUCCGAAUAUACUAUAUGUUUAAAUGAAGAUUAUACAAUGGGACUUAAAAAUGUGAAGAAUAAGAAAAGUGAGAAGGCCAUAGAAACAGAAUCCAUGACUAGUGAUAAUUAUUUUGCUACUCCUGGCCCCAUAAUCCAGAGGUUGGAAAAAAGUGAUGCUGAGUAUACAAAUUCUCCCUUGGCACCUACAUUCUGCACUCCUGGUUUGAAAAUUCCUUCUACAAAGAACACCACAGCUUUGGUAUCCACAAAUUAUUCACUAUCAAAAACAAAUAGUUCAUCAAAUGAUUUGGAAGUUAAAGAUUGUACUUCAAUAAUUUUAAAUUCAGACAAGUGCUUUGAGAAUUUUGCAGAUCCCUCUUCUCCUACGAUUUCUUCUUAUGAGAAUCUGCUCAGAACACCUACACCUCCAGAAGUAACUACAAUUCCAGAAGAUAUUCUCCAGAUUUUAUCAAAAUACAACUCAAACCUAGCUACUCCAGUAGCAGUUGAAGCAGUGCUACCCGGCAAAGGGUUCCUUAAAUAUGAAGGACAGAAUAUCCGAGAUGUUGGCAACAAAGAAAACUGAAAUUCUAGUGCAUUCAUCCAUUACAGAAACUGAACAGCAUGAUAUGAAACAGUUGGACUUACUUUGUUAUUCCCACUUCCCUACCUCUUUCC